GGAACGCUGACGUCGCCGGUAUCCGAUCAUUGGCGGUGCUACUCCGCUUACCUGGCGUCGUGGUCACGCCAAGCCGAGACCGUUGUCAUGCUGUAG